ACUGGCCAAGCGUUGAUUUGUCUGGCAUUAUCAUCAUACAUGUAGCUGUCUAUCAUUCGUGAUCUAAAUUAGCAACAUAUGAGUUCGUGAAGGAUAACUCUGCACCAUUUUUAUGGAAAUGGUGUAUCCUGAUUAGAUGAUCUCUAGCCAGCUCUGUGUGCACAGUUGGAUGCUAAAUUGUUUUAAGCUGCUUUCUACCAUGUCUGAACAGCGAGUUCCUCACCUGGGUCACAGGAUGAUGCCUGUAGCUGGUGUACCCGGAGCCCAAGGAGGGGGUAAUCCUGGACAAGGUGGAGCCCUGGCUCCAGGACAACCAGGGGCAGGAGGUGCAGUUGGAGGGGGUGCAGCAGGAGCAAACCAAGGUGGAGGCAAUGAGAUCAGUCCACUUCAGGCCUUUUACUUUGCCGUGAUUAGCCAACCGCAGCCACCCAUCAUGAUAUCUGCUGUUCCAGAGGACCUAGACAAAGAUUCGGUUCCACAGGGACGAGUCGAUUGCUAUGGUAAUGAAAGGAAGGCUCUAGCGGACAUGACACGGUUCUAUAAUAACCCUCAGCUGAGUGAUAUUAAACUGAAAGUUGGCUUUGAAGAGUUCAAUGCUCACAAGUUGGUGUUGGUCAGAUGCAGUGAGGUCUUUGAGAGAAUGUUUAGCGCAGAUUGGUCUGGGAAAAACAAGAAAGAAAUUGAGCUGGUAGAAGAACCAGAAUGCACAGAGGUAUUUCCAGCAUUCCUGAAGUUCCUGUAUUCUUGCCACAUUGUCCUGACCAUAGAGAAUACACUUCCAAUCCUGAUGUUGGCUGAUAAAUACAAUGUCUGUGAUCUACGCAGGGUCUGCAUUGAGUUUGCUACCAACAACAUCAUGCCGAAGUUGCCUCUGAAAGAUGUCUUCCAUGUGUGGUACCAGUAUGCUACAAAGUGCUAUCAUCAAGUACUGAUUACAGCUUCUGUCAAGGCACUCUCUCCUAAAGCUGAUGACAUAAUGUCAUUGCCAGACUGGAGCGGGGAAUGGCUUGCUCUCGAUAGAGAUCAGCUCGUUCAGUUCUUGAAGAGCUCACAUCUAACUGUCAGGAAUGAACUGCUUGUCUUCAGGGCAGUCAUCAAGUGGAUUGAAUCGCCAAUGCAUCCAGAGCGAAUGCAAAAGAUGGAAGAUCUUCUGAAGGAGAUACUCCCACAUAUACGAUUUCCUAUGAUGACCCCAGAGCAACUGCAACAACUAGAGAAUCACAGGGUUGUUGAACAAUUCCCGGGACUGUUUUCAACCCCACUUCUACAUGCAUACAAGUUCAAUGCACUUCCUUUGGAGUCAAGAGCAAACAACCCAGACUUCUCCUCUACAAGUUACCUUCUGAGAAAUUACACUGAUCUGAGAUGGGACAAGAGAAUCGUCCUGUCAGGGUAUUCACAAUUUAACAAGCUACAGGAAGUGAUGCCAAGGUUUUCAACAAAAUCCUCAUCAUAUCCUCACUCCAGUUGGGAUUGGGAACUGAAGAUCUACCCCAAGGGAUCUUCGUCAAGCAAUGAUUCUGCAUCAAGCAACUUCCGCAUGAUCCUAUAUUCCAAUGUGGUCCUGGACCAACCUAGACCCAUUGAAUACAUAGUUCAGGUUGUGAAUGAUUCCAAGGUUCUUGCUGUCACAAGUGGCAAGAAGAACUUUACUAAAUCUCGAUAUCACAUCGAUACAGACAUUGAUAAGAAAGUUCCUUUGAAUGAUCUUUUGGCACCAUCAAGUGAGUAUAUUGUUAAUGAUGAACUUGUUGUUCAAGUCUUUCUCAAACCCUUACAGUGAUAUGGACUUCUUUCAUUUGCCAUGGACCAAGCUAUGACUGAAAAUAAGGGUAUUGAUUCAUCUAACUUUCAUAUUUUGUAGAUUUGCUUUAAUAAUAUAUUUAUGUCAACACGCAAAAUGCUAGAGAUUGUCAAAGAGACUUGUUGGUUUCGAGAAACUGUUACCAGAACCCAAAAUGGCUGUACAUGUAUCCCGCUAUUCCUGGCCCCAGCCCCUGUCGUGAAUAUGAUUGCAUUCCAUAUUUUAUUUUACACUCUUCCAUGAUGGAAAUGACAUGGAUAUUUGAUGUUCAACCCAUUGGAAUUGCCUGCUUUGGAUUUGAUUGUGCACCAUGUGAAGAGUAUAAGUAUAAAAUUUUGAACUUACACAGGUAAUUAUUACAUGAAAUGAUCCACUGUUGGUGUUUGUUUUAUUUCCCCCCCCCCCUAAUAAAAGUAAACACUGAAUCAAUUUUCUAAAAUCUUUGAAAUGCUGUACAAUUUAGGCAAAAUUUUCAUUGAAUUUUGCCAUUUUGGAUUUAAUUCAUGAGAUUUAGUCUUGGAGAUGUGACAUGGGGUGAAUCAUAUGGAUGAAGCACCUUCGGUUGUGCUAAAAAUUUACAAAGGUUUAUAAAAACGCAUGCAUGUCUUGUCCAAGAUACAUGUAUGUUAGAAACAUGAGUUGAGACAUAACAUUUAUGCCAGAAUCAUGUUUCAAAAUAUUUUCUGAAAAACUGUGUGACACAAAUAUCUAAAUUACAUUUUCCACAAUUUUAUUAUGAGGAGGACCUAUCCUUUUGGGUCUUAAGAAAUACAAAGCACAAUAUUGAAAACUCUUGAAGUGGUAGUAGAUACAUAUAUUUCCCACACAUAACAGAAACAGUACUUACAUGUAGACAAACCUAUUUUUUAUAGGCGCUAUAUAAAUAUUGAAUUAUUUUUAUUAUUAUUAAUUUUAGAAGUGUUAGGAUGUAACAUGUGUAUACAUGUACAUUAUGUAUGUAUUAUUAUUAUUAUAAAAGCAGAACAUUGAAAUGUAGGAUAUAACAUGACAUCAGCAUAAUUGUUAUGGCUUAUGCUCUGUUUUGUGUCAUAUAUCUCACUCUCCCAUACGACACAUGCAUAUAUCUUAAAACUUUUUCUUAACAUAUCCAAAGGAGCCUUUUCCAUCAUCUGUUAUCAAAAGAAGUGAUAAAUUUGAUGAUAAGAGUCAUUUCUCACCUUUAAAGGUCAAGUCCAUCCCAGAAAAAAGUUGAUUUGAAUAAAUAGAGAAAAAUCAGAUAAGCAUAAUGCUGAAAAUUUCAUCAAAAUCGGACGUAAAAUAAGAAAGUUGUGACAUUUUAAAGUUUCACUUAUUUUUCACAAAAUGUUAGAUGAACGAGUCAGUUACACGCAAAUGAGUGAGUCGAUGAUGUCACUCACUCACUAUUUCUUUUGUUUUUUAUUGUUUGAAUUAUACAAUAUUUCAUUUUUUACAGAUUUGACAAUAAGGACAAACUUGACUGAACCAUAUAAUGUUAAACAAUGGUAAUUCCACAUGUUCAGAGAGAAAUAAAACUUUGUUUCACAGGACUAUGGGGAGAAAAUUAGAAUAUUUCGUAUUUCAUAUAAUAAAAUACAAAAGAAAUAGAGAGUGAGUGAUGUCAUCAGUUCACUCAUUUGCAUACCAACCGAAAUGUGCAUAUAACUGUUUUGUUAAAUGAAGCGCAACUUUAAAAUGUCAUAACUUUCUUAUUUUACAUCUGAUUUUGAUGAAAUUUUCAGCAUUAUGCUGUUGGAUUUUUUUCUUGUUAUUCAAAUCAAGUUUUUGUUGGGGUGGACUUGUCCUUUAAUACCUAUGUACUCUCCCAGUCUGAUGAAAUACAGCAAACUGCUUUAAACAUUAGCUGGCAUAAUUCAAAACAGACAUGAAAUAGAUUUAAAACCAAUAGCCUGCCAAUGACAAUUUAUAUUUACCAUCUACUUGCUAUUUAGGGGACACUUUGCAAAAUAUGAAAGAAAUAAACUUGUGAAAGUAUGGAAGUUGUACGUAAUGACUGUAGAUUGUAAUUAAUGAGUAUUACAAACAGGUGAUGUAUAUCAGUAGGUUAUUGGUUUGGGUGAAAAUGAUUUUGAAUUUCAGUCAUUAAUUAGCCUCAGAUGUUGAAUAUUCAAUUUAUGAAGACUUUACUUUAUUUAUUGUGUACUUUGUAUUGUACACCCUUGAAGAAGUUUGAAAUACCAUUCCAGAAUACGUGUAUUCUUUCAUUAUCUGAUACUCUAAAAUUGCUUUUGUGUUAAUUUAUAAAGCUUUUAUAAAUUUGCACAUUUUUUUACCAUUUCCUACAACCAAGAUUCCAAUUUCCAUUUCUGAAAAAGAGCAAGUCUAGGUGUUAGUGAUUAAAUUAGUGCAUUCCAAAAUCUGAUCAUUGUAUGAUAAAAAGGUAUACACUUGUCUGAGAGUAUUUUAUAGUGUUUGAACUAUACAUGAGAGUAUUAAAAAGCAUCGCUAAUAGUGUGUUGUUACCCAUUUCCUGUUCGAUUAUUGAAUCUAUGAGAAAUUACCUAGUGAAAUGAAACAUUAACAAAACAAAAUCCUCAUAAUUUUACUUAUUUUAUAAAAAUUUACUUUUAAAAUAGUAUCUUCCCCCAUCAGGGGCAGGUCCGGUGUAAAUUGUUCAAAACGUUAUGGUUUUGAAAUGUGAAUGAAAUAUUAACUACGUGCACAUGUACAUAUAUGUGGUAUUAAUAUUGAGCAAACAUUGAUGGUAUUAUAGUAUAGCUUAUCAAACAAAAACUGAAAGCCAUAGUUGCCAUACAGAUCAAAUGGAUUAAUAAUCCCUCAUGAAUGAUAAUCUUUUUUUAUGUUGCUGAACAUUACAAAAUGUUGCUGUUGUAUAUGACAAGAUGCAUACCAUGUACACGCUUCUCUGAGCUCAGAUUUGCCUGUACAUGAAUGGCAAUGUCUGUGGUAGUCAGUAUGUUGUAUUAGAAUAAACUUUGAAUAUAAAAAGUGCAAUAGUUAAACAAAGAAUGCAAAGAAUUGUGAUUUAAUAGUAUUAGUGUACGGUAUUUAAAUGCAGUGCGCACACUUGAUUCUCUAGUAUUGUGGUACAUUAUGUGAACAAGCUGCUACAGUAGGAAAAUGACGAGUGUUCUAGAAACCAUCUCAAAACCAAGCUUUAAUACUUUAACAAAUAAUAGGUUAUAUGUAAUUAUAUUUUUGUGUAUUAACUUGAAAGUCUCAAUAUCACCAUUUAGAUAUACAGCUAGCUUAAAGCCAGCAUAUAAUUUUGAUUGAAAAAAAAUCAAACCUGGUGGGUGUUUCAUAAAGCUGUUCGUAAGUUAAGAGCAACUUUAAGAACGACUGGUGAGUGGUGAUCCUUUCUUAUGGCGAAUGGUAUAUUCAUUAGCGAUGGUUUUGCGCGUAAAAAAAGGAUCACCAGUUGUUCUUAAAGUCACUCUUAACUGACGAACAGCUUUAUCAAUGAAGCUUAUUUCUUCUAUUUGCUUUUCAAAGACCAAAUAACUAUUUUGGCUAUUAAUAGAGAACCUUCCCUGGUGACUUAUUGUUGGUUUGGGGGUUGGCUGGUCACAUAUUCCAAUUGUGCGUGUCUGCGGAAAUGUGAAAUACCCCGUUUUCUUUGCUCAACCUUUUGUAUGGUAGUGAUAUGCAAUGCAUGAAAAUUAAAUGCUGAAGACAAUUGGUGUUACUUGUUGGAAUGUUUGAACAAGCAUAGAUUAGAGGGUACUAGUACGAUGCUCAUUGCUAUUAGUCUAAUAGAUGAUGCACAAAGUCACAACCUGCCAGGCCUAUAACCCGCCAUACACCUGAAUAGAGAAUUUAUUGAUAUACGUGUAUUUGAAACUGCCUUUCUUCAUGUUAUUUUUGUUCUGAUGAUUGAGGUCUGUGACAAACCUAGUAACAAAAAGUUAGAAUUGUAUUGUAAGAAUUGAGUGGAUCCUUUAUUAUACACCCCAAGAUGAUGUAUUAUUCAUGCAAAAUAAGCCCCUCCUACACACAACCCCUCAAAAACCCAACCAGAACACAAGACAUCACCUCAUCAGGCAAUUCUGUUCUUUGAUACAAUAAAUUGAGUGAUUAUUAUGAAGUGGUUAUAUAUCAGUGAAUAGAUAAUUUGACUGUUGACAUGUAUGUAUUCAUCCAUUAGAUUCGAUUCAAUUCAAUUUUAUUUACAUCCAUUUUAAUCUUCUUGGUAUUCUGUACAUGUAUACUAUGCUGAGAGUGUGUUAGCGAUAGAAUGUAUUCGCAGUUUGGCACUGUUUGCUAUAAAGUAACAACAAGUUACAAGCUCUUGACAUGGUGCCAUAUGAUUGGUUGAGAAGAAAAAAUAGUAAUCAAAUGUAUUUUACAGCACAAUUUUAUGAAACAAGGCACUCGCUCAUACAAUUUGGAACAAUGCAAUUGCUAUCAUUAUCAACAACAAGUUACAAGCUAGUCUUACAAGCUACUAUUGUAUUUACUGACAUCAAAUUUGUUAUAGAUUUCUACUUAGAAAUAGGGCUCAUGUUAAUUCUUUCAUCAUAGGCCAAAUCCAUCCCCUUUAUAUUUAUAAACCAGUAUGUUAGUAGAUCUUUGCAAUUCAAUGAUAUUGUAUCCAGAAGACAUAAUGAAAUUAUGUUUUUCUGUGCAUCCAACAUUUAAUGUGAAAAUAUACUUCAAUCUCUAAUUUUAUUUUGAUAUAUGCAUUUACAUGUAUCACCUGUCACCCAUGCUAUUUAUUGGUAUAUUUUUCAUGAAUUUGUUCAUCAAAUAAAUGACAUAUAUUGAAUGUGUAAUAGAAUAUGUGAAAGUGUGAAUGAAAAUAGCUGCUUAAUUGUGUGAAACUACAUAUGUAUUUGUAUUUUAUUUCACUGUUCUGCUGCAUUUGAAAAAAAAAAUGCCACAGAACUCUAAGUAGAUGUAUGUGUUGGUAUUAAGAAGGAAAAAAAGUUGAACUUUUUGUCAACAUUGCCAAUGGAAAUUGAAUUGUGGGAAAGUGGCAUCACAUUAAUUUCAUACUUUAGAAUGCGGUAAGAAUGUAAUACCAUCUGCUUUAGUCAUGAAUGAAAAUGGGCUGUGCAAGUAUCCAAUCCUUUUGCAAGUACAAUUAAUUGAUAUUGUAAACUCAAUUGUCUUAAAUGAUAUACCAAAUCCUUUUUAUUUAUAUGUGUUUGCCCGUGUCUGUAUAAUAUUGUUAUUUGUUUAAUGUAAUGUAACCAAUUUGGGUAUUUCAUUUCUACUUGUCCAAGUGACUUGCCUUCAGUUAGUUGCAAAAUCAGUGAAUAAAUCUGGUUUAAACUAAA